AAAAAGAAAAGAUGCCUUCCGCGCGUCCUCGCUGCUCUACUCAUGGAUGAAUCUACCUCUACAGCCGCCGCAGGAAUGGUAAAGUGACUCUCUCUUAAACAAAGUUACAUAUCCCGGUUGGACAAGAGCCUUUAAAUCCAGGUUUAUACCCAGAAAGCCUGCAGCGGAAUAUUAUCGCUUAAAAAAAACAACAAAAAAACACAUUUUGCUGCUUUUUUAGCCACCCAAGGACGGCAGCUGGCUACAGCGCGUAGGAGGAGCCUACGGCGUGUUUCCGCUAAAAACCAGGCCGAGAGAGGCAACACUGUAAUCUAUGCUGUCCGACUGACAAUUACUCAACUGUGGCGGAACAGUUGUCAGUAAUUGCGGGACACUUUAAGAGUAAAAAACUGUCUAAUCACUGUGGAGCUGCGGUUGUUCACACCGGGAGUUAAACAAGAAGAAGAAGAAGAAAGAAGAAGAAGGAGUGGCAGCUGGACUGUCCGCAAUGGAAGCCGAGUUUCGGGAAAUCGAUGAAAACGGGAGUUGGAGCGCCAUUUAUCAGGAGAUUCGUCAGCAGUCAUGUGAACUCCCUUGCAAGGUUGCCAAAUUACCCGAAAAUAAGACUCGGAAUCGUUACAGGGAUGUUAGCCCAUUUGACCACAGCAGAAUAUGUCUGCAGCUGAGUGUGAAUGACUACAUUAAUGCCAGCCUAAUAACAGUAGAGGAGGCACAGAGGAACUAUAUCCUUACUCAGGGACCCCUUCCAAAUACGUGCGGUCACUUCUGGGAGAUGGUAUGGGAGCAGAGGACUCGCGGUGUGGUGAUGCUGAACCGAGUCAUAGAGAAAGGAUCUGUUAAAUGUGCCCAGUAUUGGCCGCACCGAGAGGAGAAAGAUGCUGUCUUUGAAGAUACCAAUUUCAAGCUCACCCUUGUUUCAGAAGACAUCAAAUCUUACUACACAGUCCGUCAACUGGAGCUGGAAAAUCUGUCUACACAAGAGACUCGGGAGAUUUUACAUUUUCACUACACCACCUGGCCUGACUUUGGGGUACCAGAGUCUCCUGCCUCCUUCCUUAACUUCCUGUUCAAGGUGCGAGAGUCGGGUUGUCUCAAUUCGGACCAGGGACCGGUGGUGGUGCACUGCAGCGCUGGUAUCGGACGCUCUGGGACCUUUUGUCUGGUGGACACCUGCCUUUUAUUGAUGUCCAUCCGUAAGGACCCGUCUUCAGUGCGUAUUCGUGACGUUCUGCUGGAGAUGCGACGCUAUCGUAUGGGCUUGAUUCAGACAGCAGAUCAACUUCGCUUCUCCUACCUUGCCGUCAUUGAAGGUGCCAAGUACAUCAAGGGCGAUACAUCUCUGCAGGAGUCAUGGAAAGAGCUCUCAAACGAGGAGGAUGAUCCUCCAGAGUUCACCCCUCCACCUCCUCUUCCUCCUCCCAGAGACCCUUACAAUGGCAAAGUUGAGCCAUCCUUCUUUCCAGAGAAUGACGAGAUCAUCCCACAGAUGGAAAUCUGGCUUGGGUCCUAUCAAGAGUCUGAGCUGCGAAAGAGAACCAUUGCUGCCCCACAGCCUCCUCCUGACGGUGCUGAUCAGCUCGAUGGUCACAUGGGAAUACAAGCUCAUACCUCCAAAGCUCCAACCAAAUCCCAGCAGCAGCACGAGACCGAGGAGCACGAGUCGCCCGAGUUGCCCGAGGCAGCGGAGCAGCCAAAGGAAAGCUCUCCUGUGCCGGGGACCUGGUCCCCUCUACUAGCCAACGUGUGCCUGUGCACGGCACUGGCUCUCAGUGCUUACGCCUGCUAUCGAGCCUAUUUCCACUGAUGUCUGUCUUUCCUCCUCCUUUUUUGUUCCUCCCUUUCUCUCCACUGUUGUUGCAAAGUGGACUAGGCUGGCCAAUCAGCCUGCUUUGACUCUGGGUUUACUCUGCGAGUGAGUGGAUUAUUUGGACUUCAGCAGAUUCAGGUUCACUCGUUUAAUUUUACAAAUGCAGUGCAAAGGUUUGGCUGGUUGGAAAUAACAGGUUGCCAAUCCUUAUUACCCACCCAAACGUUCUUUCAAUAUGUCAUUGUGGAUGCUCAGGGCCUCAGUUUUUCAGGUGUCACAUCCCAAAUAUAUGUGCCGACUUAAACACAGACUGAAUAUGUAUCUCAGUCUGUAGAGGAAAAGGGUUUGUUUCAGCUCCCUUGUUCUGUGAACCAGGAUGAAUGGCCUGUCAGCCCAUUUUACAUGCAUCUCCUCUCUUAUUUACCAAAUGACACUUGUGUGUGUUCUUCCAUUUCAUCCUUUACUAAUGUGUCCGCUCAGAUUUCACCAUAUCUUUCUUUUGCUUACAGAAAUGGAUCAGAAAUCAUAGAGCCAGAUCUUUGACCAGCCUGUCUGAAAAUAUGCCAGUAAGAGGGAGAGUAAUUACAUAUAUCUGUUCUCCUGUUAUGGGUCAAUAUUAAAACCCAACAUUAAGGUGAAGUGUGUGAAAGUAAGAGGGAUGCAACCCUGUGCCCACUAGAUAAGAGAUGCAUGCUGGGGUUAUCUGUCCUCACUCUGCAGGAGGCAUGCUGGUUGCGUACAUACAAUAUGUGUGUUAUUGUGUGUGUGUGUGUGUGUGUGUGUGUGUGUGUAUGUAUGUACAUUUGUGCAAGUGGUAGUUAUUGGAGCUUUCUACUGAUGCUUGAGUUAAAUCUACUCAGUGAGAAAUAUUAAUAUAACAUUUACAGUAUGUCAAAUGUGAGAUGUAGACUGGGUUACCUCCUGGUAACCGAUUCCCCCCUGUGAUUUAUCUACCUGGUAGCUUGACAGUGACACAAAAAAGCAUAUUUAAAGACAAAAUAUUGCAGGGACAGGAUGAGACGUCCCAUUUGUCUGGCAUUUUUUGAAUUGGCGUUGGCAAGAUCUUGAAAUCUUAAGACUGAAAACAUUGUAAGUAGGGCUGCAAGUAACGAUUAUUUUCUUAACUUUUGUCUAUAAAAUGUCAAAGUAGUGAAAAAUGCCUGUUUUCAUUUCUUAGAGACGUCUUUGAAUGUCAUGUUUUUGUCCGAUCAACAGUUUAAAAAUCCAAAGAUAUUCACUUUACUAUCAUUUUUGACACACAAAAAAAAGCUGAAAAAUCCUCACAUUUGAGAAGCUGCAACCAUCUGAUGUUUGGCAUGUUUCCUUUAAAGAAUGACUAAAACAGUUAUCAAAGUUGCUGAUCAAUUUUCCGUUGGCUAAUUGUUGCAUCGUCACUGUUUGGGGGGGAGCAACUUUUCAGUUACAGUGGAUGAAAUUAUUAGGAAGCUUUUUCAUGCCAAGAGAAUGUGUAUUCCUGUUUAUAACCCGAGUGCAGCUGUAAAGUAGUUUUGUGAAUGUGUGUUCAGUCAGUGGAGCCCACGAGAAACGCCAGCUUCAUGAACGGAGACACGAAGUAGCUAACACCCCAACUCUUUUUGCCAGCAAUACAAAUACUUCAUAGCGUGUCACCCUUUUACGUUAUGAAACUCUCAAGUUUGAAACGGUGAACCAGGGAUUUUUUGAACAAACCAAAAACCAAACACCAGCACAGGGAUGAAAACAAUACACUGUAGUGAUGAUCUGUUGUAUCAUGGCGUGGCUCUGAGCUGGCGAUAUUGUUUUUGUAUGAUUAUGUUGAACUUUUUUUUAGCAUGCUGCAUUUGUGAAUCAAAAGGUUUGUCCUAAGAAGAGAUUAGUUAAGCUGCUAGCAUUCGGUUUACCUUUGUGACUCAACAAAGUUCAGUACUUGAGUCCGACAGCUGUACCUUUCUUUAGAAUGUAUGAAUGUCCUAUACACGGACACACCCUUAUUAGAUAUAUAUAUUUUUUUCAAAUCAGGUUUCAGUGUGCUGAGUUUUUUUUUGUUGUUGUUGUUUUGCUUUAGCAAGGGAUUAAAUCUCAGCACCUGUGCAGCCAUUGCACCAGGUUUUCUGUUUUUCUAUACUUAUGCUGAGCUCGAAAACAUGUAUUUUUUUAUUUACGUUUGUUGUUUUCCUUUUUAAAUAAAAAGUCUACUGCCGAUUUGUUCUGGUUUUUAGAAUUGAUUUACAUUCUCAGUCUUACUCCUGAACAAUGACUGGUAAUAAAUCGUCACACAUCA